AGGUAAAGAAAAAAGAACAAAUUAAGCCAAAAAAAACCUAAUAAUAGACAAAUAACAAUAGCCGUGUUAUUGCAAAUAUAGAGAGCACAGAUUUGGAGAAAUUUCAAGACGAAAAGAAACGGAUCCACGAGCGAAUAUUUUACACAAAUUGAAGAGAGACAAACGUUGAUCAUACAAAUCUCUGAAUUUUCAAACUGUUUGAAAAAGUUUAUUUAAAAUUGAAGAAAAAAGAAUCAGUGUGAUAAAUUGAAUUUUGAGUGCAAAAAAAGUUCAAAAUGGAUCCAUUGCAAAUGCGAAGCAACGAGGAAUCGGUGAAGCUGAAUCAACAAUUGUCGCAGCAGCAAUAUUCAUCAUCGUUAAAUCAAGCGAAUCGAGAUCAAGACGCACGGCCACCGUCAUCGACAACGAUCAAUCAAAUCACAAGACGACCUUCAGUUGUUUCAACAGAUUUGCCAGUUGGACCGCAAUCCAUUCAACGCACUGACAGUCGAAGCAGUGUCGUUCCACAAGCCGGUCAACAACAGAUUCCAAUUCAGAGACCUAUUCAACAACAACAGCAGCAACCUCAAUUUCAGCCAAGGCAAAUUUUACAGCAACAACCGCAACAGCAACCAUUACAGCAGCAACAGCAACAACAACAAUUUCAAGUUCCUCGGCCAUUGAUAAAUCGUGGACCACCCCCUGCACAGCAGCAACAACAACAACAACCUUUGCAACAAGCUCCCGGGCAGCAGCCAUAUCAGCAAAUUAAUCGGGCUCCAGUGCCACAGCAACGCCCACCACCACAAUUGAUUCGUGCGCCAAUACAGGCACAACCAGUGAAUUCAACCCAGGCAAAUUAUCAACCAGUGCAAAAUCGUCCAUCACAACCAGUUGCGACCCAACAACAAUAUUCGCAACAGCAAAAUUUAACACCGUCGGAUGGUGGCAUUCGAUUGAAUCAGCCAAAUCAGCAAUAUCGACCACAAAUCCAAACACAACCGAGACCAAUAAAUCCAGCUUAUAAUCCAAAUAUCCAAAAAUUGCCCAUUCAUUUGGAAGAACGCACCAAAAUGGCAACCGAAGCAGCAAAUCCAAAUCAACCAAGCUACUUAAUUUCGAACACGGAUGAUGUUGACGACGUCAUUGUCCGGCCAAUUGGCAACAUGAAAAUCGAUCAAUCUGGCGGAAAGGCAGACUAUGAUCUCAAACAAAACCAACAACAACAACCACAACAACAACAAUCAGCAAUGAGAUCAAGCCCUGAUUCGCAAAAUCAACGAAAUGCAUCAAGUGUCUUACAAAACGUGCAUGCCGAAUCGAAUGUUGCACCAAAAGCAACAGGUUUACCAAAACCCAUUGUCGCCAAACGAUCACCGACAGACGAACAAAAGCAAAACGGUACCAAUGGCAAAGCGGAAGAGGCAAGUGUUCGUGCAACAAGCCGGGCAUCUUCGCAUAAAAGCCAAGAGGACAUCAAUCGAAGCUCAUCGCGAUCCAGGUUGAAACUAUUGGAGAAACCUGUUGAACCACCGAAAAAAGUGCCGAUGAAUAAGAUAAGAGUUGGUAACGCUCCACCACCAAAACUGCGGGAAGUGAAGUCGAAAAUCGGAUCUCUUCAAAAUGCAACUCACAAGCCAGGAGGCGGUAAUAUAAAAAUAGAAACCAAAAAACUAGAAUACAAUGUUCAAUCUCGUAUUGCAGCUAAGAAUGAGAAUUAUACACCUGGAGGAGGUGAUAAAAAGAUUUUAAGUUCAAAAUUGCAAUGGAGUGCUAAAUCUAAAAUUGGUUCUCUUGAAAAUAAAGAUCACAAACCUGGCGGCGGUGACAAAAAGAUUUUGAACUUUAAGACCGACUAUGGAACUGCAAAGCCAAAGUCGGAUUGGGACUAUGAUGUGCGACCAUCACUAUCGGCAUCAAUGUCUUUGCCAGCCGAAUGUUUGGUAAUGUCGGUCACAUCGAGAUCAACGACCAAUUUACGAUCAUUUCGUUACAACAAUGAAAACUCAGCACCGGCCGGUAUCAUUCGAGCAUUUCAUCCGCGACCAUUUCGACUAUAUUGAAGAUGACACAUCUUGCCUCUCCUCCUCUCUAUAUUUACACACCAACAUCAAAAACAUAGUUUGACGAUGGUAUAAUUUCCAAGGUCUAUAUUGAUUUGCACAUAUUUUGGUUUGAAUACUUCACAAUUUACUUUCGUCGUUACACUUACUUUCUAAGAAAUAUUCUAUAAAUGAACAUAAUAAUGAAAUUAUAAAUUGCACAUAAUAACGCGACUGUUAACUCUAUCAACUGAUUUUAAUUUUUACCCCUUGUUAACAUAUUUACCUGGUUAUUCAUUUCGAAAUAGUUACAAUGAA